CAUAAAUCUCUAUAACUUAAGCCUUUAUUUUUAUAUUACUAAAAACCUCUUUCUCCAUAUUUUCUCCUCCUCCAAGUACUGUUUUUACAAAGAAAAGAAAUCAACAUGCAGAGACAACUAGCUAACAUGAAGCAAUUACUUUUUGAUCAGGGAUAUUUGGAUGAACAAUUUCAUCAGCUAGAAGAGCUUCAAGAUGAUGCAAAUCCCAAUUUUGUCGAAGAAGUUGUUACGUUAUACUACCGGGAUUCGGCUCGACUGAUCCAAAAUAUAGAACAAGCCUUGGAGAAAAAACCUAUUGACUUUGUUAAGCUGGACAGCCUAAUGCACCAGUUCAAGGGCAGCAGUUCAAGCAUUGGAGCCAGGAAAGUCAAAAUUGAGGCUACACAGUUCAGAGAACAAUGCAGAGUUGGAGAUGGUGAAGGAUGCAAGAAAACAUUCCAACAACUGAAGAAGGAAUAUGCUGCUCUGAAAAAGAAACUGGAAACUUAUUUUCAGUAUGCAAGACAAGCUGGACCUGUUGAGAAAGCAUGUCGCUCUAAAUAACUAAGGAUCAACUCACAGUUUCCCUUAUUACUUAUUAGUAAAAACAGGCCUUUGGUUUUUGCUAGAAAUGUGAAAGGUUGUUCUUAUUGUACUUUUAUGCUUCUGCAUAAUUAAUAUUUACCAGAUAUUUCUCGUGCGAAUGUCGUUCAUCUU